GCAAACCAUUGAAAUAAAUGUUUACUUAAUUUGAUUAAAAGUAUGUGCCUUUAUGUUUUCAUUUGGUAGACUUGAGUUUGAAGAAACUGAAGAACCUGAUUUUACUGCAUUAUGUCAGAAAUUAAAGGUACCAGAUCAUGUCAGAGAAAGAGCUUGGUUAACUUGGGAGAAAGUUUCAUCUGUGGAUGGAGUAUUGGAAGGUUAUAUUCAAAAGAAAAAGGAACUAUGGGGAAUCUGUAUCUUUAUUGCGGCAGUUGACCUAGAUGAGAUGCCAUUCACUUUCACUGAGCUGCAGAAAAGCAUAGAAACCAGUGUCUAUAAAUUCUUUGACUUACUAAAAGAAAUUGAUACCAGUACCAAAGUUGAUAAUGCUAUGUCAAGACUAUUGAAGAAGUAUAAUGUACUGUGUGCACUCUACAGCAAAUUAGAAAGGACAUGUGAACUUAUAUACUUGGCACAACCCAGCAGUUCGAUAUCUACUGAUAAUUCUAUGUUGGUGCUAAAAGUUUCUUGGAUCACAUUUUUACUAGCUAAAGGGGAAGUAUUGCAAGUGGAAGAUGAUCUGGUGAUCUCAUUUCAGUUAAUGCUCUGUGUCCUUGACUAUUUUAUCAAACUCUCACCUCCUGCAUUGCUCAAAGAACCAUAUAAAACAGCUGUAAUACCUAUUAAUGGUUCACCUCGAACACCAAGGCGAGGUCAGAACAGGAGUGCACGGAUAGCAAAACAACUAGAAAAUGAUACAAGAAUUAUUGAAGUUCUCUGUAAAGAACAUGAAUGUAAUAUAGAUGAGGUGAAAAAUGUUUAUUUCAAAAAUUUUAUCCCUUUUAUGAAUUCUCUUGGAAUUGUAGCUUCUAAUGGACUUCCAGAGGUGGAAAGUCUCUCUAAACAGUAUGAAGAAAUUUACCUUAAAAACAAAGAUCUAGAUGCAAGAUUAUUUCUGGAUCAUGAUAAAACUCUUCAGGCUGAUCCUACAGACAGUUCUGAAAUGCAGAGAACUCCACAAAAAAGUAAUCCCGACGAAGAGGUGAAUGUGAUUCUUCCACAGACUCCAGUUAGGACUGUUAUGAAUACCAUUCAGCAAUUAAUGAUGAUCUUAAAUUCAUCAAGUGAUCAACCAUCAGAAAACCUGAUUUCCUACUUUAAUAAUUGCACAGUGAAUCCAAAGGAAAGUAUCCUGAAAAGAGUGAAGAAUAUUGGACACAUCUUUAAAGAGAAAUUUGCUAAAGCUGUGGGACAGGGAUGUAUAGAAAUUGGAUCACAGCGAUAUAAACUUGGAGUCCGAUUGUAUUACCGAGUAAUGGAAUCCAUGCUUAAAUCAGAAGAAGAACGAUUAUCCAUUCAGAAUUUUAGCAAACUGCUGAAUGACGACAUCUUUCAUAAGUCUUUGUUGGCAUGCGCUCUUGAGGUUGUUAUGGCUACAUAUAGCAGAAGUACGUCUCAGAAUCUUGAUACUGGAACAGAUUUGUCCUUUCCAUGGAUUUUGAAUGUACUCAAUUUAAAAGCUUUUGAUUUUUACAAAGUGAUUGAAAGUUUUAUCAAAGCAGAAGCCAACUUGACCAGAGAAAUGAUUAAACAUUUAGAACGAUGUGAACAUCGAAUCAUGGAAUCUCUUGCAUGGCUCUCAGAUUCACCUUUAUUUGACCUUAUUAAACAAGCAAAGGACCGAGAGGGACCAGCUGAUCACCUUGAGUCUCCUUGUUCUCUCAACCUUCCUCUGCAGAACAAUCACACUGCAGCAGACAUGUAUCUUUCUCCUGUAAGAUCCCCAAAGAAAAAAGGGUCAACUACACGUGUAAAUUCUACGGCAAAUUCAGAGGCUCAAGCAACCUCAACCUUCCAGACUCAGAAGCCAUUGAGAUCUACCUCCCUCUCACUCUUUUACAAAAAAGUGUACCGACUAGCGUAUCUUCGACUAAAUACCCUGUGUGCACGCCUUCUGUCUGACCACCCAGAACUAGAACACAUCAUCUGGACCCUUUUCCAGUACACACUGCAAAACGAGUACGAACUCAUGAGAGACAGGCAUUUGGACCAGAUUAUGAUGUGUUCCAUGUAUGGCAUAUGCAAGGUGAAGAAUAUAGACCUUAAGUUCAAAAUCAUUGUAACAGCAUACAAAGAUCUUCCUCAUGCUGUUCAGGAGACAUUCAAGCGUGUUUUGAUCAGAGAAGAGGAGUAUGAUUCCAUUAUCGUGUUCUAUAAUUCAGUCUUCAUGCAGAGACUGAAAACAAACAUUUUGCAGUAUGCUUCCACCAGGCCACCUACCUUGUCACCAAUUCCUCACAUUCCUCGAAGCCCUUACAAGUUUUCUAGUUCACCUUUAAGGAUCCCUGGGGGGAACAUCUAUAUAUCACCCCUAAAGAAUCCAUAUAAAAUUUCAGAAGGUCUGCCAACGCCAACAAAAAUGACUCCAAGAUCAAGAAUCUUAGUAUCAAUUGGUGAAUCAUUUGGGACUUCUGAGAAGUUCCAGAAAAUAAAUCAAAUGGUAUGUAACAGCGACCGUGUGCUCAAAAGAAGUGCCGAAGGAAGCAACCCUCCUAAACCGCUGAAAAAACUGCGCUUUGACAUUGAAGGAUCAGAUGAAGCAGAUGGAAGUAAACAUAUCCCAGGGGAGUCCAAGUUUCAACAGAAACUGGCAGAAAUGACAUCUACUCGAACACGAAUGCAAAAGCAGAAAAUGAAUGAUAGCAUGGAUACCUCACACAGGGAAGAAAAGUGAGGCGCUCACGAUCUUGGAAGGCACCCUGUACACCCCCAGCUUCACUGUCUCCCACAGAUCUGACUGUAGAACUCUGCCAGGUUCUGUUCACGGCCGCAUUUAAUAUAUACCUUCAGCUCUUUUUGUGGAUGUAAAGUGCAUAGAUGCACACUGAGUAUUUGUGCAGGGGAUUCCUAAGCCACUUGCAACAUUGUAGUCAAUAGAACAUACAUUGUUAUUGUACAAGAUUGAAAAUCUUGUGUAAAUCCUGCCAUUUAAAAAGUUGUAGCAGAUGUUUCCAUUUCCAAAGUAAAACUGCUCCACUUUACAAAUGGCAGGAUAGCCUGGGGGUGCGAGCUCUCAGCCCACGCCUCUCAGAGUACUUGUGGCAUGUAUGUGAUAUUUGCUAUUAUUUUUAUUAAUUUAUAUUUAUUUUUUUAAUUUAACAUGACCACCCUUAGAAAAAUGCGUCUUGUCUUCCAAAUACAAUUUGGCUGACUGCCCCUCCAUUCACCCAAAUGAUCCUGAACUCUUGUGCUAAAACAGGUAUUAGAAACUAGAAAAAAAAAUGACUAAUUUUUACACAUUAGAUUUUAGUUUACUAAUGGAAACUAAACAGAUGUACUGUGUUUGUUUUUUUUAUAAAUUUUAGUUUUAAAAUACAAGCCGAAAGCAAAGUAUAAAC